AUGUCAUUCAGAUUACCGAGAGGACCCAAAUUGGUCACAUUAUUGUAUGUUGACAUUGAGCGGGAAUCAAAUAUGAACGCUAAACUGACCGGACCCUUUUCUUCUAGCCACGAUUCACACUCUUCUUCCUCACAGCGUAUACUGAACAUUCUACAAUCUCGUUCCAAGCCAGCAUCAGAGCUAGUAAGUGAUCAAAACACACCACCAAACGCUGACGAGCCAUCAAGGGUGAAACAAUACCUGAAAGAAGCCGCAACAGGAAAUGCAGAUCAAGAGCCAGUGUUUGAACUGGAAGUGGUUGAACGAUCAAAAGCGACUAUGGAUCAAUGGAAAGUGAUUGCUUCUUACCUGGAAAAGACAAAGAAUGAAUUGAAACUAAGUAGAAUCGAAGCUCUCAAAGAUGAAGAUGGUCCGAUUGUAGUUGAUUGGGAUGAUGGUUUGGCGGUGCAAAAUGAAGAGGAGGUGAAACAAUUGGUCGAGAAAUUGAUCAGUACACAGACAGGCAAGGCAAAAGUUGGAAAUGGGUGUAUGAUUGUAUGA